UCAUUAUAUGACGCGUUGUAUAGUCUCGAUAAAACUUCCUACGAGGUCAUACGUGAAAACACAGUCGAGUCAUGCAACGUGUUUUAAUGUACUUUGAAUCGAAUACUGAUUGAGUAAUUAUUUUUUUUUCGGCGAGGAUUUUUUUUAUAACGUUUUUUUUCUUAUUUAUAAUACUCGAGGUAAAAAUGUUACACAGCAAAUAUUACACUUGUCGGUGUAAGUUGUCGCGAUUCAGUCAACCGAGUCGAGUGUGAAUGCGUGAAUACGUAAUAAAUCAAAGUGGAAUUUUCGAAUUUGCUAGAAAAGAGUGAACUUUUUAUCAUGAGAUACGUCGCGGCGCUUGAUGUUGGUACCACUACAGUACAAUUUCACAUUCUUAAUGAGAAAGCAGUCACAAUAGCUUCUUCGAUGGAAAAGGUAAAUCUGAUAUAUCCAGAGCCUGGUUUUGUGGAGAUAGAUCCCAAUCAUCUAUGGCAGAUCAUAAUAAAAGUAAUCAAGGAUACUUUAGAUCAUAGCGGAAUCAAUUCGAAGAAUAUUACUUGCAUUGGAAUUUCAUCGCAACGCGCCAGUUUUAUUACUUGGAAUUUGAAAACUGGAAAAUGCUACCACAGAUUUAUAACAUGGAAGGAUCAACGAGCGGCUACUUUAGUCAAGGAAUGGAAUCAAUCAAUAAUAAUGAGAGGUUUAAGAAUGGGCGCGAGUAUCUUGUAUACAUUUACAAGAAGAAAACGAUUUUUAGCUGGCAGCGUGCUAAAAUUUAUGAAUAUGCAGGUGACUUUAAAAUUAGUAUGGGCUCUUCAGAAUAUAUCAGGUCUCCGAGAAGCUAUGAAGCAAAAUGAAGAGGUAGCGUUUGGAGGUGUGGAUUGUUGGCUCUUAUAUAAAUUAACAGGAAAGCACAUAAUGGAUGUUUCAAGUGCCUCAGCAACUGGUAUUUUUGACCCGUUUACAAUGGAAUGGGCUAAUUGGGCGUUAAAUAUUUUAAAACUGCCACAAAAAAUUUUUCCAGAAGUAGUUGAUACAGCAGGAUAUUUUGGAAUUACUCCUAAAGACAUAUUCGGAGCUGAAAUUCCAAUUUAUUGUUCAAUGGCUGAUCAAGCAGCAUCUUUAUUUGGUUCAGGAUGUUUUAAGCUUGGCGAUCUCAAAAUUACUAUGGGGACAGGUACUUUCAUGAACGUUAACAUAGGACGGGAACCACACGCAUCCAUUGCUGGACUUUAUCCAGUUGUCGGAUGGCGAAUUGGAAAAGAAUUAGUAUACGUUGUAGAAGGAUCUUCAAGCGACACCGGUGUAAUAAUUGAGUGGGCUAAAUCAAUAGGAAUUAUAAACAAUGUUUCGGAAACAUCCGAUGCGGCAAAUUCGGUUAAUGACACCGAUGGAGUAUAUUUCAUUCCGGCAUUCAGCGGAUUACAAGCGCCCAUAAAUGAUUAUACAGCUGCAACUGGUUUCUUCGGUUUGAAGCCCACUACAAAAAAAGAACACAUUAUUCGAUCUCUAUUGGAAAGUCUCGUUUUCAGGAUACAGCUACUUUAUGAAUGCUUAUGCAAGGAAACUUCUUUUACAUAUCAAAAAAUAAAAGUCGAUGGUGGAGUUACAAAGAAUGAUUUUGUUAUGCAAUCAUUAGCUGAUUCGACGGGAUUGGAAGUGGAGCGUCCGGUAUCUGUCGAAAUGUCCAUUUUAGGAGUAGCUUUUCUGGCUGGUUUACAAUGUGGAAUUUGGAAGAACAGAGAAGAACUAUUAGAAUUCCGUCAAACGGACAAAAUAUUCAAACCAAACGAAGAAUCGCGAUUAUCUUAUCAAUAUGCGCUGCAUCAAUGGAAACGCGCAGUGGAGCGAUUUAAAAAUUGGUAUUGAUGCAUUAUUAAAUAUCAUAUCAAUAAAGUGAAAACAUAUCACAUUUAUCGCGUAAUGCAAGGC